GGGCAGUCUUAUCUAUAAGCGCAGGCGUGUGAGGUUCCCAAGCAAAAACAUUUGCACGGUGGUUCAGAAACUGCUCACGUGCUGAGAAUAGAUUCAGGCUAUGAUUAUGAAACCUCUGUCCUGCAUUUUUUUCUUCGAACACCUGCUUGUAGCACUUGGACUGGAACUAGAACCAUGUGGUCGUCCUCGGAUUCAACCUGUCCUCGACGAAGAAGACCGCAUAUACGGUGGACGCGAAGCCGUGCCGGGCAGCUGGCCCUGGCACGCUGGGAUAUACACCAAUGCGCUCUUUCCGUUCUUUAUAUGUUCGGGUGUUCUCGUAUCUGAGAAGCACGUGGUAACCGCCCGACAUUGUCUGUUAAAUAAAAGCCCAGCCACGAUCCGUGUCCACCUUGGUGCUCACAUGAGGGACACGGAAGACGCUGGAGAGGAGUCUUACCUCGUGGAGGAAAUAUGCGCCCAUCCGCUAUACCAGCCGCCCAACACGAAUGACAUCGCAGUGCUCACUCUGCGAGAAAAAGUCAAAUUCACCGAAACUAUAUUGACAGUGUGUCUGCCUCAAAACAUGGUGGAGAUUGUUGUGAAUUCUGAAACCUAUGUUACUGGCUGGGGACGAUUUCAGAAUCAAGGACGAGAGCUGUCCCCGUAUUUGAAACAAUUCCGCACGAAAAUCGUAUCAAACAAAACGUGCAACCAAGUUUACAAAGGCCAGAUUCCUGAAAGUGUUACUUGCUCUGGUCACGACUUUGGAUCAUCUUGCAAAGGUGACAGUGGCGGUCCAAUGGUGCAGCUGUCUGGGAGCAUCUGGCUUCUACAAGGCAUCGUGUCCGGAGGACCAUCAUCAUGUGGUCUCGACGACGAUCCUUUACUUUUCACGAAGGUUUCUUAUUUUGUGGACAACUUUAUUUCAUUAUACACCAGAGCCAAGACUCUACAAGAAAAGAAUCGUGUAUGCGCGCUAUCUUAGUAAAAUCGUACUUAAGAUAUAUAAAAGAAUACGUAAACGAAAGGCUGUUUAUGCGGUGAAAAUUCCCCGAAGUUUACCUCUCUUUGUCUUGCGGAUUCUUGGGAAAUUUCUCAUCAGGCGCAGAAUUACGGUACCUGGAACCCGUCUUCCAUAGGUCUGUUUAGUGUCCUAUUCGAUCCAAGCAUCCGUCGGAUGCUGCAAUCUUGUCGCUCUAGUCCUAGAGGUUCCGGCAGAACUCACGAUCGAACACGAGUGUUCCUGUCUUCGCGGCGUGUCCACCCCUGGCUGACGAAGCUUUCGUGGAGAGUAAAGCUGCAGAGUGACUUGCAGAGGAACAGGCGUCUGGCACAUCCACCUGCGCUGCUGUUAAUGCAUCAAGACAAAAACAGCAUGACGGUUUAUGAUGUCAUGAAUCGGCAAUCGAGGGAGCAGAUUUGAGGAUGCUGUAGGCACUUUAAGCACCAUAGUAGACGUAAUUCCAUCCUAUGAAGUGAGUUUCAUUUUCUGAGCAGCUUCGAGGCGCGUAUCACAAGGUUGCGGAUAUUUUCUUCGAGAUGCAAGUUCUGCAGCCACUGCCAGUCUGAGAACGGCAGGAAGUGUCUUCCGGAGGACCGGCCUGCAGCACGCGCUUGCUUGUUACUGCCGUGCUGUGGAUUUUUCCUGAACGCUCCAGGUCUACUAGACGCUGUGGCGUUAUCGAAGGUAGGAAGCUGGCGCUGAAGGCGAGACACCCGAUGGACUUCCCGUCCAUUCUUAUCCUAAUAGUGGUCCCUUAAUCAAAAGUUUGCAUUAACGGGUAGAAUACGACUUCGCAGCAAUACAUUUUGCGUCCAAAUAUUUAUUACACUCUCUAACGGAACGCUGUAAAACCACAAAGAAAACGUUGUGAAACCAGGGUUAUCCCUGUAAUAAUAUCCGCUAUAUGUUAAAAAUUAUGGAAAAUAAAUAAAUUUUAUAUUAAAUAUUUAAAGAAAA